AGGUACCUUGAUCAUCCCUUGAUCAUCUGUGGACCCAUCUUGAUGGAGGAGGACAGGCCGUCAGGUGUGGCUGCGGCACGUUCUACGAAGUUCAGCGGUCGACCGUUGUCUCGCGGGAAGGUCUCGUGAUACAAGCCUGGCCGGCGAGCGGUCUUGUAAUCUGCGUGUUGAAAUAGGUCAAAUACACAGGCGAUAUAUAAAGGGAGUAAGUAUGGUGCAUACCAGAUAACAGGUGAAGCGCAAGUUGAUUCUUGGUUCUAGUUUGCAUUGAUAAAAGGGUCGACGAGCUUAAGGCAAUAUUGUAAACCAGACUCGGAAACGAAGCCACGGCUGGCCGCCCAGUGGAUUCCAUAUGCUUUAAAGGCGCAUCCUAACUUUCCAGCCCCUCCACAUACAGCAAGGAAAGCUGCAACUGGAGUUCAGCACAGCAAAAAGGCAGCCAUAAGGGCAAGUUCGAGAAGGAGACGAAUUUGGAUAUACUGUAAAGCAGAACUCAACAUGACCGCAACUGCCCAUACAAGGAGUGGAAGCGCCCGAAAGCUGCGGGCGUCAUUGAAGGGUCUGGUUCGAACUCCGCUUGUUCCCGAUAAUACAGCCUUUCCCUCUCCUAGGACGCCUUUCGGUCGUCCACCCUCCAAUCCUUAGCCUAUAUCCCUUCCUGUCUCUCUCUUCGUCGUGGAUUUCUAUCCGAUAUGACCACUCCCCAUGUAAUUGCAUCGUCGUCGGGCCAUCCGUCGUCUCAGUCGGGCACCUCGAACGGCAUUGUCGGUGCCCAUUUCCGGGUUGGAAAGAAGAUUGGAGAGGGUUCCUUUGGUGUUGUUUUUGAAGGCACCAACAUUCUCAACAACCAACCUGUUGCAAUCAAGUUUGAACCAAGAAAGUCCGAAGCCCCUCAGCUCAGGGACGAGUACAGGUCGUACAGGACAUUGAAUGGGACUCCCGGCGUACCGCAAGUCCAUUACUUCGGCCAGGAGGGUCUUCACAAUGUGCUCGUUAUCGACCUUCUAGGCCCAAACUUGGAGGACCUAUUUGAUAUGUGCGGACGCAAAUUUUCGAUAAAGACCGUUUGCAUGGCUGCGAAACAGAUGGUCACUCGUGUACAAGCUAUUCAUGACAAGUCCCUCAUCUACCGUGAUAUCAAGCCUGAUAAUUUCCUCAUUGGCGUACCCGGCUCUAAAAAUGCUAAUACUAUUCAUAUAAUUGAUUUUGGAAUGGCCAAACAUUAUCGAGAUCCUAAGACCAAAGUCCACAUUCCUUACCGAGAGCGCAAGUCGCUGUCCGGCACUGCCCGAUAUAUGUCAAUCAACACGCACCUGGGGCGCGAGCAGUCCCGUAGGGACGAUCUCGAGUCUCUAGGCCAUGUCUUCAUGUAUUUUCUUCGGGGAGGACUCCCAUGGCAAGGCCUUCGGGCGGCGACGAACAAGCAGAAGUACGAGAAAAUCGGUGAAAAGAAACAGAGCACUCCAAUUGAGGAGUUAUGCGAAGGCUUCCCAGAGGAGUUUGCUAUCUAUAUGAAUUACGUUCGUAAGCUCGGCUUCGAAGAGACACCCGACUACGAUUUCUUGCGCGAACUCUUCUCGAAGGUUCUCAAGACGCUUGCCGAACCUGAAGAUGGCAUCUUUGAUUGGAUGCUGUUGAACAACGGCAAAGGCUGGGAGGCCGGACAUACUCCUUCGACGCUCUUGGCUCAGGCGCAUGCCAACGCUGCUGCCCCCCACACUCCUCAUCGCGAACACCGCUCACGCGAGCAUGCCCACCGUCGCUCUCGUCAACCUAUUGAGACUCCAGUGUCGCCGUCAUCACCUCUCGUUCUUGCCCCAACGCCCGCUCACGUUAAGGGCACUCGCCGUGCUGCACAAGACUCUCGCGGUGGUUCGAGAGAACAUAUUAGCGUUCAACCAUUGGCGCCAACCAGCCGCCGUGCUAGUCAGCAAAGAGCCGAUCGGGACAGGGAUGGUGCUCUCGUUGCUCCUCACCCGUAUGCCAACUCUCCGGGAGCUACAGGAUACCGAGCGAAUGCAUAUGGACGCUCGUCUCCAGUGCAGCCGAAUGGAUCGACCACACCACAGACUGGCAAUGGUACUCCCGUACCAAACACGUCUGAUCCGUUCUUGUAUGGUCAAACCCAGCCCGGAAAAGGUACAAAUUCUCGUGAAGGCACGGCUACUGGUGGUACCGGAGCGAGAGGUGAACAGAUGAAUGGCGUGAGAGGCAUGACCAUGUACGAUCGUGAACAAAUGGCUCGGGUCGGAGAGCAAGACGAAGAAGGUCAUGGGGCUCCCAGGAAGAGGGGGUUCUGGGCAGCGUUUUGCUGCCGAGCUUGAAGCUCAAGAUACCGUUUCUGGCCGCAUGCACACUGGAUGCGUAUGCGCAUUCACUCUCUGACUUUACAUGUGCUGUUCUGCAUCUCACGAUCUCUUUGGAUGACUUCUACCGUACACUAUAUCCCGCCUAAGUCCCGCGUUGACUUCGCAGGCCUCAGUAAUCUGAUAGCCCUUGUCAUUGCUUACGACCCAUUGACGACCCAUGUCUCUCUGCGUAUACCCUUGCCCCCGUACCGUCGCAAAAACGUUAGUUAAUUACCGACUUUGGAUCGCUAUGUCGCUAGCAUUAUCUUGUCGCAUUCCGCUAUUGGCCACGCACUCGUCAUGCAUGCAUAGACUCUUUUCUCACUUCACUCAACUAUUUAGACGAAGGAACGUUCUUGGUCUUUUAUUUACUUUUGUGUAUUACUUUUGGUAUUAGUUCAAUCAUAUUGUGGCAUACAGGGACUCAUCUUG